AUUUUGUUGUCACAAUGGGCGCAUAUUAUAUUUCUAUACGUUACGUCGUUCUUCGGGAAAUACUAUGAAAUCAGCUAAAGUUGAUUUAAUGUGAAACUCUCGGGACUGCUCGUUACAGACAGUGGUGUACUGCAUCUCUGUUAAUCUCUAGUUAGGAUUCCGAGCCACCUUUAGCUUCUUUUUGUUUUGGUCCAGGUCAACAGUCCAUUUUUGUAAUGUAAACAAUUCUGUGUAAUAAUGUUUGUUAAAGUUUUGGCUACUUAAAAAAGGUUAAUUAACACAUUUAAGGGUUUAGAUUUGAUGACGAUAUUGAAGUUUUAUGUAUUUGGUUUUUAUUUGUAAUUUGUUUAUUUUUAUCUCUAUUUUUAACAAUCCAUUUAUAUUUAGUUCAGUUUCGCGAUUGUGUUGUUUACUGGUAAAUAAAAGAGGAAGUGUUUCAAAGGAUGACUCACAAAGAUUCUCCGGAAAUUUUUUUAAACCCCAUGCAAAUCAAACUCACAAUUGUCAUUUGUUUUCUACAUCAAUAUCAAUACACUUAAUAAAAAAACUUCCUGUAAUGUUUUUCUUGCUUUCUUCUUUUGUCAUUACAGAAGUUCUACUGUUGUAUUAUUAAGUGUAUUGAUAUUGAUGUAAAAUAAUUGUUUCUUUGUUUCUAUAAUGUGUUGUGCGCUAUUGGUGAUGUUCUGGUGAAUAGAAACCAGAUCCCUAUAUCUUCCUGGAAUAAUGCCCUAAAACAUCCCACAAAAGAAUUGUGGUUUAAACCGUAAACAGCUGAAGGUUCAUAUGUUAUUUGAUUCGGAAACUAUUAAAAAUAAAAAAAAAUUGUGGUCCUUGGGUAAUUCAGCUGCAUUAUAUGUCGACACAUGAAUGUACAUUUAAAAUGCAUUCAGUUUAAUAACAUGGUUUAUAACAUAGGUGUAGCCAGAAAAUCCCCGCACAGCUGGUUGCCACAGCUUUAUCACGUGGAAUUGGAGAUCCCCAUAUUCCCAUAUAGACAGCUACAGUACAUAAGAGAGAUAUUUUCUUUAAUAGACAUCAAAGUGAACCAUGCUGUCUCUUAUGGUUAUUUUCUUCCUGCUCAAAGGGGUUUGCCUUUUGGAUAUAGUGACAAAUGGGGAUACGAAUGUUGUGUUUGGUGAAGAUGCCUCGCUCUCAUGCGCGCUCUCGAACCCAUCUGGAGUCAAGCAAGUGACCUGGCAGCGGGUGCACGGGGAAGAGCGCGCGGAGACCCUGGCAACAUUCAGCGAAGUUUACAAGAAACGUGUGGAGGAUCAAUAUGUCGGAAAAGUCUUUUUUACGAUGGCGUCAUUUAAUUCAACGUCUAUCGUGAUCAAAAACGUCACAUUUGAGGACGAGGCUUGCUACAUUUGUUCCUUCCAAGCGUAUCCAGUAGGAGCCAAAUGGCAAACAUUAUGCCUCACUGUUAAAGGUAUAUCGGAAAUAACAGCAUCUAUAAAACCUGCAUCCAGUUCUGAUUCAGAUGUUUCAGUCACGUGUUCAGCCACUGGUAAACCCACACCGAUACUCCAGUGGAAAUCCACAGAGAAACACCAGAACCUCAAUCUCUCUGAAUCAAAUACUUCAAUACAGCUCAACAGUGAUGGUUCAAACACCACCACAAGUGAACUUAAACUUACAUUGUCACAAUUUCAUGGGAAGUAUGUGGAAUGUGUGGCUGAGAGUGGCAAAAUAGAGAAAAAGUACCAAAUAUACUUGCCUAGAGAAGAUAAAGAUAAAGGGAAUGUCACAUUAAGAAAUUACACCAUUACAAUUUCGCUUCUGAUUAUCAUCGGUAUUGUAAUUAUCUUUCUUUACAUCAGGUUCAAAGAUGAAGGGAUUAAACAUUCUACUUGUAUACCAUGAACAACAUUUCAGAUGGACUGUAUAGCUGCCACUUUAUUUAAAAUCUACAAGUCUAGAUCCUAAUAUUGUUUUCUAUGAAAAUCACUCUUUAUGUUUAUCCCACGAGUAUCAGCUAAAGGCUUGAAGGCAACAUUGGAACUGGCACACAUCUCGGAUAAUGAGUCUUCCAUAUGUAAGUCUUUGAACAGGCACGCUGUCUGUGGCAGAACACUAUGGAGGAAGCCACUGCUCUCCAGUGAGCCUGAAGUUUGCAAAAGAGCACCCCGGCAAACCCUAGUGCUACUGGGAAAUAUUUUAUGGACUGAUGAAAAGUUGAAUUGUUUACUAUGGCGCCGUAACGGCACAGCUUACCAACAUCAAAACAUCAUCCCAACAGUGAAGUAUUGUGGAGGGAACAUAAUGAUAAGGGCCUGGACCACUUGCCAUCAUCGAGAGGGGGAUUAAUUCCCAAGUUUAACAAAAUAUCCUACAGGAUAAUUUCAGGGUGGUUGUCUGCCGGUUGAAGCUUAAAAGUUGGUUGAUGUAGCAGGACAAUGACCAUCAAAGUAAAUCCACCACAGACUGGCUUAAGAAAAAACAAAAUGCACUAUUUGGAGUGGCCUACCCAGUCAACACAGGAGAUCACGCGAUGAUAACAGUGACGUCACAACAUUCUCAUACCGUGAUAAUCACAGUGUGAGCUAUAUGUGAGCUCAUUGUGAAUUCAGAAUUUUGAGUUCAUAGUGAGUGUGGCGUGACCUCACAUUGUGACCAUGAUAUGAGCGCACAGUGAGUGUACCAUGACCUCACACUGUGACCAUGAUAUGAGCGCACAGUGACCUCACAUUGUGACAAUAGCUCAUGAUGUGAGGUCAUACCACACACACUGUGCGCUCAUACUACGGUCACAAUGUGAGGUCACAGUACACUCACAGUGAGCUCAUACUAUGGUCACAAUGUGAUGUCACAGUACACUCACAGUGAGCUCAUACUAUGGUCACGAUGUGAGGUCACGGUACACUCACAGUGUGCUCAUACUAUGGUCAUGAUGUGAGGUCAUGGUAAACUCAGUGAGCUCAUACUAUGGUCAUGAUGUGAUGUCACGGUACACUCACAGUGGGCUCAUACUAUGGUCAUGAUGUGAGGUCAUGGUAAACUCAGUGAGCUCAUACUAUGGUCAUGAUGUGAUGUCAUGGUACACUCACAGUGAGCUCAUAUCAUGGUCACAAUGUGAGGUCACAGUACACUCACAGUAAGCUCAUACUAUGGUCACAAUGUGAAGUCAUGGUACACUCACAGUGAGCUCAUACUAUGGUCAUGAUGUGAGGUCAUACCACACUCACUGUGAGCUCAUACUAUGGUAACAAUGGGCAACAAUUCCUUUGAAAAAUGUGUAGGUCUGAUUCAGAACUACUGAAAGCGCUUGCUUGAAGAAAUUGCUACCAAAGGAGGUUCAACAAACUAUUAAAUUCAAAAGUUCACUUACAUUUUACUCCAGCACUAUGAAUGUUUAAUAGGUGUUUUCAAAUAAAACACACAAUAAACUAGAAUUAUUUGUGUGUUGUCAGCUUAUGCACAUUGUGUUUGUCUAUUGUUGUGACCUAGAUGAGGAUCAGAUCACAUUUUUGGCAAAUAACUGUAAAAAACAGUUAAUUCUUAGGGGUUUACAUACUUUUUCUUGCCACUAUACAUUUUUAUGACAUACAGUAUUACAAGCUUUUGUAAAAUAAAGUGCAGUGAUGAAUCAUACAUAAAGAAUAAAUGUGUAUUAAACGUGUUGGCCUUAUGUUGACCCUAAUGUGAUAAGCUCACUUAUUGCUGUGAUUUUAAGUUAUUUUGCUGUGAGUGUUGUGUACUGGUUUUCUAUAGGAAAACUACACCGUUUUUAAAUACUUUACUAUGUUCUUACCUUAACUAAGAUUAAAUAAAUCCUGUUUUUUUUCAGUGCAUGCACUUCAUCUUUGUAC